UUCCCUUUAAAAAAAUGGAAAAGGACAUUGAGAAGUGGUCAACUAGAAACCCAGGAAAAGGUGAUACAAAGGACUCGAGUACCGCGUGUAUUUAGGUGCAGGUCAGGUUUAGAUGCUUUGUCUGACAGAGAUAUCAUUGAAAAGUUCAGGCUCAAUAAAGAUACACUCAUGGUCCUUUAUCAGGAGAUUAGUGAUUUUUUGGAGCCUCUAACAGGAAGGAGCCACUCCAUCCCUGGUAUGGUAAAAUUAUUGGCAGUCCUACAUUUUCUGGCCACAGGCUCUUUCCAGUCUGUUACUGGAGUAGUAGUGGGAAUGAGCCAACCUUCAUUUUCUCGACACCUUACUGUGGUUCUCAGUGCUCUUCUAACACUUGUGCCAAAAUAUGUUUGCUUCCCAACAACACCAGAAGAGUGGCAUAAAGUUAAAUUGGCUUUUUAUAGAAUAGCCCACAUGCCCAAUGUUUUAGGAGCUAUUGACUGCAUCCAAGUUGCCCUCAGGCCUCCUCGUUUUAUGGAGGAACAAUACAAAAACAGAAAGCAGUUAAACUCUCUGAAUGUUCAGAUGGUCUGUGAUGCCCAUCUGCGUAUCAUGAGUGUUCACUAUGGUUUUCCUGGCUCCUGCAAUGAUUCCCAUAUUCUGCGUCGAUCACCUCUAUUUCGUACAUUUGAAGAAGGACAUAUGCCUGAAGGAUGGCUUCUGGGUACUGCAACAUAUGGUUGUCGUCCAUGGCUCUUAACCCCGCUAUUAAAUCCAAGAACGCCUGCUGAUCAUAAAUACAAUGAUGCGCACAAAAGCACACACAGUACUAUAGAAAAAACAUUUGAAGAGCUCAAAAGCAAGUUCCGAUGUUUGGACCACUCAGAGGGGGUUCUUCAGUAUUCUCCACGGAAGGUUUGGGAUAUUGUUCUUGUUACUUGCAUGUUGUAUAAUCUAACACUUCGCCAGGGUGAUCUUCCCUCGGAUUUGGAUCCUUUACCUGAAGAACAGAAUGGUGACGAUAUUUCCUUAGAAUCCACAGAGGGAGGCAUUGCAGUUAGAUCAAUGCUAAUAUCAUCGUAUUUCCAAUGAUAUGUUUGUUCUCCUGGAAAGUGUUGUGAUUCAGCAAAAUGACAUUUUCAAGCUUAACGAAUAACAGGAAUGCAUUCCCUUAAUAAAUAAUUUUUAGUUCGUCA